AUGAAUGAAUCCAUAGAUGAUGACUUUAUCUUGGGGUUUGUCCCCAUUCAAUUGUCCUCAUUUAAACCACAGUCAUUACUUCAUGCCUUUGAUUUCUUAGGCUUCGACAGUGACCACAACUUGGUUAUAGCAGAGUCCAGAAAGUCAAGUAUUCCAAGCCCACUUUAUUCCCCUCAUGGUAAUGCGUUGAACCCCCAGUUUGUUGAAUUCGUGGGACAGAUAAUCAACGGUUUCUUUGCCCUUUUCAUGUUCAUUCAGCUUUACCGAUUGGUCUUUGCCAAAAAGACAUCCCCGCGUAUCUAUACUUCCACUCCUGGGUUGCAAACAUUCAAAACAUUUUUGGUUUUGGUCCAAAUAGUCUUAUGUGCAUCGCUAUAUGAACUCAAUAAGAGCUCGUAUUUCAUUGGUAGUUUGGCCACAGUCCUGUUAGCAUUUGUCGUCGAAUUGGUCGAGUUCAGAAGAUCACCAGUUGCAAUUGCGUCGUUGUUAUUGUAUUGGCUUAUCAACACGGUUUUCUCAUUUGGGGUAUUUAUCCAAGAUUCUUAUUCAAAGCACAAGAUCUAUGCCAACUCAGGACCUGCGUACCUCAUUGAAAUAGUAGGGCUUGUCAACAGCUUGGCCAUUUUUAUCCUCGAGGUUGGCUUUUUCAAACCAGGGUUUGAGAUUACCAAUGAGAAGUUUUUGGACACUGUCAAUUUGUUUUCGUACUUCACGUUCUACUACCUCCAGCCGCUUAUUGAUAAGAUAUAUGCGACAGACGAUGUAAAGUUGUCCGACUUGCCAGAUAUCUUGGGCGAUAUCACUUGUGAUGACACCAAAGCAAAAGUUAGCCGUGCUUGGGAGCACGAAUUAAAGAAAAGCAAGAAAGCCGGCUGGUUAUCCACGAUCUGGGGUUUUGUCACCAGAAAGAAGGUGGAACCAAAACCAAACAUGUUCCGUUCUAUUGCCAGUGCAUUCACCGACAAGUUUGUUGUCAGCAUCACCUUAGCGAUUGUUGGUACAGGGUUGAGUUUUGCACAGCCAUUCCUUUUGCGAAAGUUUAUUCAAUUCUUCACAUCUUACUUCUAUAGUGAAGAAAAGCCUCCUAUAAUCAUUGGUUACUUCUGGGCAUCUGUGAUGUUUCUCACUUCCAUUGCGAAUUUCAUUACAUUCAACCAAGCGUUCAAGACUCAGUUUGAUCUUGGGUACGAGAUCCAAAGUUCAUUGACGACUAUAAUCUACGAGAAGGCAUUGAAAUUAUCUCCACAAUCUAGAAAGAACAAACCUACGGGUGAUAUUAUCAACCACAUCACGAUGGACAUUGAUAUUAUCUUUUGGUUUUGUUGGCAGCUUGGAGAAUAUUUGGCAUCACCAUUGAAGUUAGCCGUUUGUUUGGUUUCCUUAUACAAAUUAUUUGAACAUGCUACAUGGGCUGGUGUCGUGACAGCGAUUAUUAUUGCUCCUUUGGUGACGUUGGUAAACUCAUCAAUGUGGAAGAAUUAUAUUCAACUUAUGAAGGAUAAGGAUGAGAGAACUAGUUUUGUUACAGAGAUUUUGAAUUCAGCUAAAAGUAUCAAGUUUUAUUCCUGGGAGAAACCGAUGCUUGCACGCUUGGGCCAUAUUAGAAAUGACAGGGAAUUGAACAAUAUCAAGAAGAUCGGUGUGGUAAGUGCAUUGGCGCAGUUCUUGUGGUCAUGUAUUCCAUUUUUUAUCAGUUGUGCUACUUAUGCUGCAUUUGCUAUUUUCUACAAGACUCCAUUGACUCCUGAUAUCGUCUUCCCAGCUUUGGUAUUGUUUGACUUGUUAUCCGAACCAAUGUUGUUGAUUCCACGAUUUAUUGUACAAUUUAUCGAGGCCUCUACGUCAUUAUCUAGAAUUGGUGAUUUGUUGACCUUAGACGAGCUUGAUGACGAUCAACAUGGAUAUGUUAAACGAGACACAGAGCCAAAUGCCAAUUCCUCUUAUUCUGUGAUUGUCAAGGAUGCUACUUUCAUCUGGUCCGACGAGAAGAAAACCGAGUAUAAAGAUGAAGAAAGCGAAGUUCAAGACACUCCAUCAAGCAAUGUUGCAUUGAAAGAUAUCAAUUUCCUUGCGCAAAAGAGCAAGUUGACCUGUGUUGUUGGUAAAGUCGGCAGCGGUAAAUCCACUUUGAUCAAAGCUAUUUUGGGGGAUGUUCCUAUUAAGGUUGGUUCAUAUUCAGACAAUGCAGCUAACGGAUCAUCACCAAGCGUGGAGACAUUCGGAUCCAUUGCCUAUUGUCCACAAAACCCAUGGAUCUUGAACGGUACUGUCAAGGAGAAUAUUUUGUUUGGACACAAGUACGACUCUGAGUUCUACAGGAGAACGGUGGAUGCAUGUGAGUUGGUGUCUGAUUUCAAGAACCUUCCAGAUGGCGACAAGACAGUUGUCGGGGAAAAGGGUAUUUCACUUUCUGGGGGCCAAAAGGCACGUAUUUCGUUGGCCAGAAGUGUCUAUGCCAGAGCUGAUAUCUAUCUUUUGGAUGACAUUCUUUCCGCUGUUGAUGCACAUGUGGGGAAGAACAUCAUCAGGAAAGUGUUGAGCAAUGAGGGUGUCAUUGGUGACAGGUGCAGAAUCUUGGCGACAAACUCGGUGCCGGUGUUGCACGAAGCCAGCGACAUCUACUUAUUGUCCGGAGGUUCGAUAGUGGAACAUGGUGACUUUGAUGCUGUGAUGAGUCGUGACGGUGAUUUAGCCACGUUGAUCAAAGAAUAUGGAAGAAAGAAGGACGACAGUUCUUCCACAGAAGAAGGGUCAUCCACUACUGAUGUGCCGUCUAGUAAUGCUAAGCCAUCUACUCAGAAUGAAGAAGAGUCCUCCGUUGAUGUGAAGGAAACUGGGGAUUUGGUUGAUGAAAUUGUUGAAUACGUGGGAGAAGAGAAUAGAGGAGUUGUGGAAGGUGCUGUGUUGCGUCGUGCUAGUGUCGUCUCCUAUGGCCACAACUAUGAAGAUGACGAAGACUCCAACGGGGAGCCACGAAAGACCAGACAAGAAGAGGAAGUGUCGAGAAAGGGGACUGUUCCAUGGGAUAUUUUCAAGCAGUACAUUGUUGCAUGUGACUACAAGUACUUUUCGUUCUACAUUGCCGCCACAUUGACGGUUGUUUUGGUGUCAGCCGCCGAGAAGUAUUUGUUGAGUUAUUGGUCGCAGCUUAACAGUGAACACAAUGACACUGUGCAACCUGUAUUGUUCUUGGGUACAUAUGCAGGGCUUGGUGUUUUCUCCGGGUUCUUGACAUACUUGGGUGCUCUUGUUAUCUGGAGUUACUGUAUUGUGAAAGGAGCAGCUUACUUCCACAACAAGAUGGCUGAAUCGGUGUUGAGAUCACCUAUGUCAUUCUUUGAUACCACGCCAAUUGGGCGUAUCUUGAACAGGUUCACCGAGGAUAUCGGGAAGAUAGAUAUGAAUCUCCCAUGGACGAUUAUUUCGUUUGUGACCACGUUGCUCAAUGGUAUAGUUACAUUUGGUGUUAUUUUGACGUUUUUGCCUCCAAUGUUUUUGAUCAUUGUUGCUUUGCUUUUCGUCUACAACUACUUCAGGGUCCGUUUUGUUCCAACCACCAGAGAGUUGAAGAGAUUGGAGUCAAUUGCAAAGUCGCCGGUGUUGGCUACCAUCCAAGAGUCCAUCAACGGGGUUGACACCAUCAAGGCGUUUCACCAGCGAGAACGUUUUGUUCACAAGAGUAAGAAAUUCAUCGACGAGAAGACUUUGAUUGGUGUGGUGCAGCAAAACUGUAACAGAUGGUUGUCCAUGAGGUUGCAGUCCAUUUCAUCCAGUAUCAUGUUUUUCACUGCGUUGUUGGCAGUGGUUACUUUAGGUGGCAAGCAUCCGAUUCUUCCAAGUAUUUUGGGUUUUGUCAUGACAUAUUCCAUGAGUAUUACGUAUAUUUUGAAUUCCCUUGUGAGAAUCUGGGCCGAGAUGCAAUCGGGUGGUGUUGCUAUUGAAAGAAUAAUCGAGUAUUGUGACUUGCCGUCUGAAGCACCAAUGGUUAUUGAAGACAAGCGACCAGAGGCAUCAUGGCCCGCAGAAGGUGUUGUGAAGUUCAAGAAGUACAGUACUGCCUACCGUGAACACUUGGAUCCGGUUUUGAAAGAAAUCGAGUUGACGAUUGCGUCUAAGGAGAAGGUUGGUAUUGUUGGCAGAACCGGAGCUGGGAAGUCAUCAUUGACGUUGUCGUUGUUCAGAAUAAUCGAAGCCACGGGAGGGCACAUUGAGAUUGAUGGGGUCAACACUAGUGAAAUUGGAUUGUAUGAUCUUAGACACCAUUUGACCAUUAUCCCACAAGAGGCACACACGUUUAGAGCAUCUGUCAGAGAGAACUUGGACCCAUUUGGGGAGUACAGUGAUGACAAGUUGUGGAAGGUGUUGGAGUUGGCACACUUGAAGGAACACGUUGCCAAGAUGGAAACCGAGCCCCUGGAGCAAGAGAAGAAGAAGAGCAAGAACCAAGACGAGUUGCCAAAGAAAGUGGGGUUGGAUGCACAGAUCGAAGAAGGUGGGUCGAACUUGUCGUCUGGACAAAAGCAGUUGUUGUGUUUGGCCAGGGCAUUGUUGAAUGAAACAAGCAAGAUCUUGGUGUUGGAUGAAGCCACCGCUGCGGUGGAUUUCCAGACCGAUAAGAUCAUCCAGGAGACUAUCCGAAGCGAGUUCAAGGACAAGACCAUUUUGACCAUUGCACAUAGAAUUGAUACCAUUAUGGACAGUGACAAGAUUUUGGUGUUGGACAACGGAAGAGUUGCUGAGUUUGAUUCACCAGAGGCUUUGUUGAAGAAUAAAGACAGUAUCUUCUAUUCCCUUGCAAAAGAAGGUGGGUAUAUCAAUAAGAAUAUAUGA